GAUAUUGCUUGCAUUCGAUUAUAGUGCGACGUUUCAUGCACAGUGCAAAUGGACAAGCAACAAUCCGAUAAAGCAGUGGCUGCGCCAACAAGCGAAGAAGCAACAGCAGCAGCAGUCACACCAUCAAACAACACCCUGGUUGAGUCGAUAGCGCACGACAAGGAGGUGGAGGUGGAAAUGGCAAGUGAGGAAUGGUGCGUGGUUGACAGCAGCGAAUCAUCGCCGCCGCCAAAACGUGUGCACUUUUCCACAGCGUGCGAUACGCCAAAACGUGGCGGACGGGGCCGCGGCAUUUAUUUUGCCGAACAACGACGCGUCAUCGCUCAGGGCAGAGGCCGGCAAAUUGAUGUGGCCGGUGUGAGCGCGGACUCGUCCAGUCGCAAUAGUGGUCAGCAAGCGGAAGCAUCAUCAUCGUCGUCACUGAUUCUGCUAGAUGUGACGAACUCAUCGCAGCCGAGGAUCGUGAACGCUACUAAAAUCGACAACGAAGUUGAAAACAUUGAGCCGCAGCAAACAAGCUCUUCACAGCGGUAAGACGGCAAAAACCUAUUAUUACUCUAAUACUAUUACUACU